GCGCCUGCCGAAGGCGUCGCUAAAGAGCAUCUGCCCGAGAACAGGAAGGAGCCUCCCUCAAAGCUGCCGAGGCGGCGGCGACGACGAAACUAGGCAGCCUACGAGCAAGUGGCGCUCUCUGGACCUCGCCAGGAAGCGGAACGGAGCCCCGCGGGGGGACGCAGCUGGACCGGUUUCUUCUCCCGCGCGCGGAGCUGAGCGAGGUUAAAGAACAGACAAGCCACCAUGUGGGGAACCCUCCAAUCCAUUUUAGGAGGUGUAAACAAACACUCAACCAGCAUUGGGAAGAUAUGGCUCACUGUCCUCUUCAUUUUCCGUGUCAUGAUCCUUGUGGUGGCUGCAGAAAACGUCUGGGGAGACGAACAGUCGGAUUUCACUUGUAACACUCUACAACCUGGGUGCAAAAAUACCUGCUAUGAUGAUUAUUUCCCAGUUUCUCAUAUUAGACUUUGGGCUCUCCAGCUUAUCUUUGUGUCUACCCCUGCCCUUCUGGUGGCAAUGCAUGUUGCCUACAGAAGGCACGAGAAGAAACGGAAAUACCGACAUGGGGAGAAAAUUGACCUUGAAAGUCUGAAAACCCAGAAGUUCCACAUCGAAGGACCCUUAUGGUGGACAUACACCAGCAGCCUCUUCUUCCGAAUUAUCUUCGAAGCGACUUUCAUGUACAUAUUUUAUCACAUGUACGAUGGGUACCGUAUGCCUCGUGUAGUGAAAUGCACUGAUUUUCCCUGCCCAAAUACAGUAGAUUGCUUUAUUUCUCGUCCCACUGAGAAAACUGUAUUUACUAUUUUCAUGCUGGCUGUGUCAGGCAUUUGCAUGCUCCUAAAUGUACUUGAAUUGUCUUAUUUGAUACUAAAGUCUUGCAUGAAGAAGUCUCAGCCCAAGAAGCCACUGCCCAAUCAUUAGAUGUUUGUAUGUCAUGUAUCUGUUUUGCAUUGCUUAAAAGCUCAUCUGUUUUUAAUUAAACUAUAGUAAAUUACACACCUUC